CUACAUUUGAGCAAAUAUUUAAAACCAAAUCUGACUCAAGAAAAUCCUAACAUGUCAUUCACCUCUUAAUAUUGACAUGAACAACAAACAUUACCAGCAAAUUUGUUAUAUCUGCGACCAAUGACGCAAAAACUAAAUAAUAUAUAUAAUAAAAUUAAAGAAAUAUCACGCCACACAUUCCGAAUAUAGAAUCAGCAUGCAUGUCACGUGUGCAUAUUUUACCCAUAAAUUAUAACAAACUAAAUCAAGAUAAUAAUUUAGAAAGUAUAAUUGAUUAAAAAAAAACAAUACACUUAAUCUGCAAUUUGCCUCAGAGUUGAACAAAAACGGUUCAAAAGUGAAGUUUGAUUUGCAAUCAGUUCUGAUUGAAAAACCAAACUCCUAGAGAUUUUGCCAAACCUAAAAACUCGUUAGUUUUAUACAGAAUCAUGAAGUUUGCCCAUAGUUGCGUUAACUCUUUAUACUUGUAUGCAUCGUUUGCUUUUGCCUUCGCAAUUUUGCUGUUAACCGUUGAAAGAUGUCACACAACUUAUGUCAAGGACGGAACCCAACCCUCCAACCCCGUCCUACUAAUCCCCGGCGACGGAGGAAGCCGCAUCUACGGUAAACUAAACCGGACCUCCACCGAUCACUGGUUCUGCUACAAAACCACCAGUGAUUGGUUCACGAUGUGGCUAAAUUAUGAACCCUUCUUUUUUCCACCUGUGUUCACGUGUUUCAUGGACAAUGCUCACCUGGUUUAUAAUAACAAGACGGGGGAGUAUUCAAACGUUCCUGGAGUGACGACUAAAAUGGACCCCAUUGGAUCUCUAGAUGGAUGCAGUUACUUGGAUGAUCUGGACUUAAUCACCUACUUCGGCAAGAUCGUCAGUCAUCUCAAAACCAAUCGGGGCUACACUAAUGACAACCUUAAGGCCUAUUCGUACGAUUGGAGAUACACCCCCGUGAACAUUCACAAGGAGGGGGACGAGGGGGAGUUUGGGGUGAUGAAGCAACUUGUGGAGGAUAUGUGGCAGAAUAACAGUCAGCAAAGGGUGGUCAUUGUCACCCACAGUCUGGGGGGAGUACUCGCCCAAGCAUUCUUCGAAUAUAUUGAUCAAGCAUGGAAAGACAAGUACGUUCAGAACUGGGUGUCAAUCGGAACCCCCCUUUUUGGGGCAGCCUCCUCUGUCGAAUCAUUCUCUAGUGGGUACAACUUGGGCAAAUUCAUCGUGCCUAAUUUCAAACUACGAAAGGGUCUCCGCUCUUGGCCAUCUACAGCUUGGCUCAUACCAGCAGCUAAAUAUUGGGACUCAAAUCCUAUAAUCAUGACCCCCACUCAAAAUUUUACCGCUUCUUGGGACGAUAUGGACGCCUUUUUUGAUGCCAUAAAUUGGCCCUAUGGAAAGACGAUGUUUCAUCAAGUACGUUCGGUGCUCACAUUUGAACCUCCAAAAGUGAACAUUACAUGUGUCUAUGGUUCUGAAGUAAAGACUCCCUCUCAAUUUUACUACAAGUAUGGUCUACCCGACGACGGUUCCGACCCCACAAUCCUUUACGGCGACGGAGACGGCACCGUAAACAUCAAGUCUGGCAUGGGUUGUCUUAUGUGGCAAGACAUACCCGGUAACUCAGUUACCGGCAUCGAGUUAAAGGGGGUCGAACACGUAGGUCUUUUAUCCGACCAAGGAAGUCGAGACGCGAUUGACAAAGUGCUCGGAUACUAGAUCCUUUUUUGCCUCGUUGUGUUCAUAAUACUCACUAUCGGAAUAUUAUCUUCUGGCAUCAAAAUUGAAGUUACUUUAAAAAUAAGAAAAGUAUGGGUUUUUCAAGAUUGGAAAA